AUGCUUACUCAAAAAGCAGAUAAGCUUGUCUAUAUUUAUUGGAAUACACGAAUUCUCCGUCAGUUGGGAAGAUCUAUAUUAAUUAACAAUUUGCAAGAAAUAUCUGUUAAUUCAGAUAAUCAAGAACUUGAUAUUAAUGUAGAUAAUGACGAAAAUGAAGAGCUUAAUGAAAACUUUACCGAUUUUUCUAAUUGGCUUCUUAAUACAUUCGACAACU